GUUGGCGUGCUACUGUCAUGUGCAGUUAUUGCAUUUUUAUAUUAUUACGUUAUCCAUCUUGCAAGGUUCAGACGGCUUGUCAAUCUUAUUCCGGGACCACGAAUGUUGCCAAUUGUCGGUGAUAUUUUCAAAGUACUACUUAAUUCUUCACAAGAAGCUAUGUGGAACCUUUUUGCGGUACGCUCUAAAAUAUAUCGUCGAAUUUAUAAAGACGAUAUUGAACAGUACGAAAUAUAUCACGAAAGGUACAGGGUACAAAUUACUUUAUCCAUGGUUAAGAAACGGUCUCCUCAUUAGUAAAGGAGCAAAAUGGCAAGAAAGGCGAAAGAUACUAACGCCUGCGUUCCAUUUUAAUAUAAUAAAACAAUUUUUUGAUACUAUGGUUGUGGAAAGCAAUCGUAUGACAAAAUCGUUGAAAGAUAUGGAAGAUUCGACUGUUCAGGAUUUACAGUCUUUUAUUAGCUACUACACUUUGAAUAUAAUAUGUGAAACUUCCAUGGGUACUUCCUUGCAAAACAUGGACGCGGCUGAACAAGAACGCUAUCGCAAGGCACUCCGUGUUUUAGCUGAAAUAUUACUUCACAAAAGUGUACGUCUGUGGUAUAGGAGUGAUGUACUAUUCUGGUUCUCGUCAAAAUAUAAAGAACAAGUUAAAUGUUUGAAAAUACUACACGGUUUUACGGAAAAAAUUAUUGCAGAAAGAAAACGAUAUCACGAAUCAACUGGUGGACGAUAUCUAAAUUUUGAAAAUGAGGCAGAAGAUAAUGAUAUGAUAGGAAGUCGAAAGAAGCGGCUUGCCAUGUUGGAUCUCAUGAUAGCAGCAUCCAAUAAUAACCAAAUGAGCGAUUCGGACAUCAGAGAAGAAGUUGACACCUUCGUGUUUGAAGGUCAUGAUACCGUAUCAGCGGCUCUGACCUUCGCUAUAUUACUGUUAGCCGAACAUAAGGACGUGCAGGAUCGCGUCAGAAAUGAAGUCAAUGCUGUAAUGAAAGAAAACGGAGGAAAACUGACUAUGACAGCGUUACAGAAGCUGCCAUACCUAGAGAGAUGUUUGAAAGAAACGAUGAGAUUGUAUCCUAGUGUUCCUAUCAUAGCACGAACGUUAGAGGAAGAUGUAAUGUUACAAUCGUAUCUGGUACCUGCUGGAGUAGAUGUGAUUAUGGACAUUAUAAAUCUUCACAAAAAUCCUGAUUUCUGGCCAAAUCCAGAGGUGUUCGAUCCAGAUAGAUUUUUGCCAGAGCUGGUGCAAAAUCGUCAUCCUUUUGCUUAUAUACCGUUUAGCGCUGGUUCGCGGAAUUGCAUAGGUCAACGAUUCGCCAUGAUGGAGCUGAAAACUGUAAUUAGUACCCUGGUGCACAACUUUUAUUUGGAGCCCAUCGAUCACUUGAAAGACGUUCAAUUUUUAAUGGCUAUAAUUAUGCGCUCUAAACAACCGAUGCGCGUAAAAUUCGUCCCAAUCGAAAGUAUUCAACUAUUAUAACGGAAUGCGAAUUAUAUCGGUGUUACAACAUUGAUACAUGAUGAGAAAUGACGAAUUUGUUAGACGGACAUUAUUGCAUUACUUUAUCAAUAUCACAGGAUACAUAAUAUAAAGUCGGAAAUGAAUUUUACUUAUUGAUUUAGGGAAAUUGUUUUAUGCUUAUAAAUCAGGUAUUUCUUCAAAUAGUGCAAUACUGCUGUUUUGAGAACUUUAGCUUAGAGAACGCUUGUAGAAAGAAUAAAAAGCAUUUAUAUAAUCUAUGAGACAUUAUUAAUUAUUUUACAGUAUCAAUUUGAUCGACAAUCUGUUUUGUUACAUUUUUCAGAAUAAACUUACGAUUUACAUUC